AUGGAUGACGAUAUGUGGGCAGUCUCCUCCUCUGGUUCUUCGAGAAGCCUUCGAUCAGCAACCACUGCUAAGUACCAAUCUGGUACUUAUCUGGAUUCGGGAGAUUUUGAAGAAGAAGAGGAUGAUGAUGUUGAAGUGGAUUACGCAUGUCCGUCUGCUCGGAUGAUUAUGAUUUAG